GAAGCAGACAACCCACCACCACCACCAACAUCACAUGCACCAGUCGCAGCAGCAGAAGCAAUAGCAGCGGCGAUGGAGGGCGGCGUCGUUGGAGCGGUGCGGACAUGGAUGGCGUGUUUCCAAACAUUGGCCGCGUGCGUCGCCCCUCCUCUCGUGCCCGCAGAAGAGGAAAGGGAGGACAGCUGGACAAGCGGAGACAUGUUCCACCGCUGCUGUCCUGUGAUCGUGAGGACUACACACGUGUCCUCCAGCGCCGCGUUGAACUGGUGUUGUCUGCGUGUGAUCGGCACUUCAACGGAAGCAGCCAGACAGCGCUGCUAUCACAGCACACCGUCCAGCACAUGUGCACACGUCGACCCCCACGAUCAUGGGUGCUGCUGCAGGGUGCUGCUGCUGUUGCCUCGGGCGCGUACAACAUCGCGCCACUCUGUCACACGUCCAUGUCUGAGACCCAUCCCGCGCUCGGCAAAGCCAGAAGCGCAAGCAACAACAGCAACAGCGGCAACAACAGCAACAACAGUGCCCCCAAGAAUAGCAGCACCAGCGCCAGCAAUGGCAGCAAAGCAGCGGAUAAUGCUGACGUGGUGGAUCGUCAUGGGGAAGAGCGGAAACAAGCGCCAGAUGUGACGAGCGUUCGCAGUGAUGACAACACGAGCAGCAACAACAGCACCCACAGCCGUGUUGAUGGCGAUGACGAUGACGAUGAUGGUGAUGAU